AUGGCCCCAGCCCUGCAAACCACAGACGCCAUGACCCAUCAAGCCGCUGAGCCGCAUCCAAACGAGGUUGUGUCUUCAUACCACAAUGGCGCACAAACUCAGUCUACGCCUGCCGGCAAUGAUGCCAACCCCGGUACCGGACCAGACCCUUCGACCGUCAUGCGCAAGCUCAUGAAGGGGAAGGAUAAGGAAUGGGAUGCAGUUGUGUCGGCUUGUGUGGCCAAGAAGAAACUCACCCUCCUUGAGCUGCCAGUGGACAUCUUGAGGUUGAUCAUUAAGGAGGCAAGUCCGCUGUUAACACAUAUCACCCACACGAAUGACCUCACCUCGCUCGCCUUAACCAACUCAAACCUCCACAACCUCGCGGUUCCUCACAUCUACUCCCGAUUUGACAUUGUCUGGCCUGAUGCCAACCAGAUGACAACAUCCGACUCCAAGAGCGUUGAUGCCCUCACCUAUGGCCUCUCCACUAUCUGCCUCGGCAGCUCCUUCGCCCGCCGUACCCGCAAGAUGCUCUACCCCGGCUAUAAACCUAGCUACAGCCCCUCCGUACGACAACAGAAGAAUGAUUAUGCCAAGUACACGAGAAAGUUUUCGCUGGGAAAUGGCCCGCACGACUGGGUUGCGGAAUACAUGAUAACCAAGGAGAGCGGCAAGAUGCUGGGCACCCUGGUGGCGCUGGCUAUCGAAAAGAUGGUCAACCUGGAGACUUUCGUUUGGGAUAUGCCGACCGGUGUUCUGUCCGACAUCUUCAUGGCGUUGGCUUCCAUUCCAGAGCAGUGCCCGGAUGGCGAGUCGAAGCUCGAAAAGGUCUGGGUGAGAUGGCACGACAACUCCCAGAGCUCGAGCUCGUCCGCGUCUUCGACUCCGCCUCCAUCAAAUCCGCCUCAUGCGGCAGUGCCUGCCGGCAGCAAUCUCACCGCGAUUGGUAUUCUGAUUCCAUCGGACGCUGUCCACCCGGCACCGCGGGCUGCGAUACCGUAUGCGGAAACCCGAGUCGAGUUCCCUACCUUUAGUGUCCUGCCUCCCGUCAAGAGUCUGACCGUUCUGGAUAUUGACGAGCUUGCUUACCUAGAUGAGAUGGCGGUAGUUAUUGAAAGAUCCAAGGACCGUCUGCAGGAGUUGCGCGUGGGCAUAUCCCAGAAGGCCAUUUAUCAGGACUUCGUUCAGACUUGGGACGGGCCCGACUUGCGGCAGAUCGACCGGGAUGCUAGAUGGCCAGGCGAGAGCACCAUUGGCGAGAGAAGGCUGGGCGGGGUCUUGGGCGUUUUGGUCGGCCGAAUCUAUGAUAUUCGUCGGAAAACAACUUCGAAACCCCGGGAGAAGGUCCCGUUGCUGUCCUCCGAUGGCACGCCGCAGAUAGACACAGCUCCCGACUCGGAUUCCGUCGAGACCUCAACGACACUGGGUGACUCCGAGGUUGCUGGAGCAAACGACCUGCAAGCGGACGGUGUGGUCGAGUCAGACCAGGGCAUAGAUCUUCCGGCGGCAACAGGCGUUGUUUCAAGCACUCACGAGGAGAGCAAUGGCCAGCCGAUGGAGGACGUGCAGUCCGAGAAAGGACCUGCCGCUGGCGGCAACAAUGCCAACGACGCGCCUCCCACUUUAUCGCGAAAGAGGCUGGACGGCAAGCUCAGGCUGCGCACGCUCGAGCUGGAGAGGGUUCCUCUAUCAAUUCAGGUCUGCUGUCAGGCGAUCGACUGGACAGUCUUGACAACACUGACUAUACUUGAAUGCGCCCAGCAUGAGCAUCUCUGGAAGGCCCUGCGCCGACAGUUCACGCCCACUCCGGUAGGGAGAUUCGGAUCUCAUGGCCCUCAUAAACAGGCCAUGGAGUAUCAUCUCAGCCUCAAGAGCAUUCAUACCGACAUGACUUCGACGACUCUUAUCAGCUUUCUCAGGGACACUCUGGCACCAAACAGCCUGGAAGUCCUCUUUUUGCAGGAUCGCAGACGCACCACUGGUCCACCGGCUGUGACUAUUGAGCAGAUCUUCAAGGGAGUCAUCAAGAGGCAUCGGUCGAGCUUGCAGAAGGUCCUCCUCGACAGCUCAGACCGGAAGCGCAGCAGCAGCAAUGCACCGAUGGAUGCUUCCCGUUGGCGCAACUGGGUGCUACCGACAGACAUGCUGCUUUACAUGACGAGCGGACGCAUGGCGAGCAUCAGGGAGCUCGCCAUCUCGCUGUAUUACAAAGACUGGCACACGUUCCUCCAGAGGCUGCCGAGUGUUCCACAGUUACGAUCACUCAACCUGCAGCACAUCGCUGACCAUGUACUCGGCAACUUCGAUUCGAGAGAGUUGGCUCUGCAGCUGGUGGAUAUCAUCACUCUGCGCCCAGAGAUCCAGCUCUGCUAUGUGGGUAUUUCGACCAAGUGUUUCGAGAUUCUGGAGAGCAAACCUGCGGAGGAGAGCGGCACUUCAGCCACAAGCGUCACGGCUGAUCACGGCGCCACUGGACAAGAUUCGGGAGUCGACGGUGAAGACGACGACGACGACGAGGAAGAGGACGGUACAGACGACGAGACGGCGAGCCAGGUGGACGAGGAGACCUCCGAAGAGGAGGGCGAGGACGACAAUACCCCGGCAAGUGCGGUAGAAGUGGAGGACUCGCAGUCGGAGGCGUCCGCCAUGGCACAGGACUCGGACGACGACGACUCUGUGCGUGACGUUGACGUUGUUCACUCGCGGCCGCGCCUCCGGCUUCGCGAGAUUCUCUUUUACGACGACAAGGUGGCAAUCUUCAAGGCUCGACAUGGGAGAUUAUAA